AUGAUAAAUUCUAUGACUUCCACAGAUGGCGGAGAAAAGCCGCAGAGCUACGAUGUCGUGAUCGUAGGAGGCGGAUCCGCAGGUAUAGCUGCGGCGGUUGGUGCAAGACAGGCGGACGCCAGUGCAAGGAUACUGCUCGUUUUCGAGCCAGAAUCCUUGAAAUUGGUCUUGGAUGACAUGAUGUACGAGCACCAGAUCGAUGUGCUCCUCCACUCUACUGUCGUCGGUGCGGAAAGAUUGGGAUCAGUAAUAUCCUCGAUUGAAAUUCAGGAACGGAUAGGCAGAAGGCGGAUCCUGGCGAACGCUUUUGUUGACUGCUCUGGCGAUGGCGAUCUUGCGUUUUGGGCCAGUGCUUCCACACGCUAUGGUAACCACGGUAUCGUUAAUCUGGGAUCCUUGGCUACACGAUUUGGUGGUUUCUCAGCAGAAGCAAAGCCGACGGCUGUGCUCUGGGGACAAGCGAUUACACAGGCUAAAAAGAAAUCACCAGAAUUGCAAGAUCUUUGUAAGAAGAACUCGUCGGUAUUGCUCAAGAUGCCCUCUGGCGACAUUAUGACAUUCCUCGCAUCUGCUUCAUAUGACGCACGAUAUUCUGCCUCCAUAACGUCAGCAGAAGCCUCUGGGCGUAAACAAGCACAAAAGUACCUGGAAAUCUUGAAAAAAUUGCCAGGCCACGAGAACAUGUAUCUGGUAUCGAGUGGUCCCAAUUUCGGUACGAGAGAAAGUCGCCAUAUCAAUGCCACUUACCAAUUGAAGGAAGAUGAUAUCAUGAAGAACACCUCAUUCGACGAUACCAUUGCUAUUGGCGCCUGGGGAAUGGAAUUCCAUCAAGAAAGUCACGAAUUCUGGGAAAGUACAUUUAUAUACCCACCAGCACGAAGUUUUGAGAUCCCUUUACGCUGCCUGCAGAGCAUAGAUACAGACAACUUAUACGUCGGUGGCAGAUGCGUCGAUGGUGACCAAUAUGCAGCCAGUGCGGUGAGAGUGAUGGGCACAGGACUUGCGACCGGGCAAGCGGCAGGUACGGCGGCUAGUAUGUACAGCCGCAGUCGUAGCAGAGCACAAGCUGGAAAGGUUCAAGCAUGUCUUAUUGCCAAUGGCGCAUUCAUUGACAGUCGGUCGCUGCCGGUGGCAGUGUUCGUCUAG